CAAGCUUCACUCCACCUUAACAACAUGCAACAUUGUUCACAGUGGGACUGCCAAACUUUCGAAGUCUCUUGAGUCUUCGUCCACGACGCCAAUUGAGGUCUGCUGAUCCAAAUCACGUCCUUUAUUCUUCCUCCGAUACGAUGACGGCGCGUCACAAACACGACCUCAUCCGGCACAAAAGGAACACCUUUAGAUCCUCAAUCAUACCUCGGCCUAUCCCAUAAUGGGUGGUUCUUCUCCUUAUAACCCUAAAAAUGUUUCCAAGCAACUGGAACAAUGGGCGAAAAAGAGGGCGCGGGCGAUAUGGGCCAAUCUGCUCACAAACCAUUUGUGGCAGAGGAUGUUUAAGAACACCCUAGCAACCACGAUUACAGUCAUAUUGGCCUUGAUACCUGCUAUUGUGCAGGUAUAUGGCCGUGCUGCAUAUCUCGCUCCUAUAACCACGGUCUUUGGACACCCAGGACGAAGGUUUGGAAUGAUGGCUGAGGCGCUCGUCCUGACUGUAUCUGGGACAUUACUUGGAGUCGGAUGGUCUGUCUUGGGAGUGUACCUGUCAAGCCUUGUAUACGAGAACAAUGCAUCUGCGGCCUACACAGUCAAGGGUGUGUUCCUGGCCGUGGCUCUGAUAUUCCAUGGAUUCCUGAGAUCACAUACACCAAGACUGUUCAUUUUCGUCCUGCUUUUGGUCAUUGUCUGUGUAGUCAGCUUGACAGGUACUUCCACAGCUGUUUCUUCUGCAAGUGCCACUGUUAUUUUAUAUCCGAUUCUCACGGCGGUGGCAAUCUUGUUACUUGUCAACAUGCUGGUGUUUCCAGAGUUCUCAAGUAGUUUCCUUGGUAUCACCACAAUCGAGACAUUGGGAGAGACGGUAGGAGCUUUAAGAGAUGCUGGGCAAUAUUUCAUUACCAUGGCUGAGCCUACCGGCAAGACAGGGGAGAAAGAGAGCGAGCCGAGUGGACCUGCAACAGCUGCAGAGGAGCCGGCACAUUCUAAAUCAGAAACGCCUUCUUUUCUUCGGAAACUUUUGGGAAUUGUUGAAAAGAGGCAACAUGAGCCAGCACAGCCAAAGGCUACCGAGGCGUCUAAAGUUGUUAAGCUCAAGUCAUUGACAGAUGCAAAGCCGAAACUGCGUGCAAAGCUGGCUGGCUGCAAGGCUGCCCAGCAGGAAUGUAAUUUUGAACUAGCAUGGGCCGUUCUACCUCCUAGAGACUUGAAAGUCAUAAGUGACACAAAUAUGAACAAGCUAGUGGCAAACACAAUAGCCUUGAUCGGCGCUUGUGAGAGCAAAUACGCUCUGAUGGGAGAUGAAAAUGACAAGGCAAAUCUCGAGACUUCUGAGCAGCACGGGCUCAACGAUGCGGGAACAGCAGCAAAUCUUGAGAGUGGUGACGAGUCCUCGCGGCCGGGUACUGGGAUCGAGAGCUCUCAAGAUGAGUCUACCGAUGAGAAAAAAGACGCAAAUAGCCACAAACGAAAAGCAAAGGAUCGGAAGCCAAGGAACAAGAGCAAGUCCAGGCUCCAACGAGAGCUUGAUAACCUAGAGCUGAUAAAGCCUCACAAGGAGAUUGCGUCUGGUGAUAUUGAGCUGUUGAAGUACUUGGUGGGCCGAAUUACCAAACCGCUCGCAGAUCUCCAGGAUGCUAUCGAUAGGAGCGUGGACGCCGUCACGUCCUGCUUAGCAUAUUGCUACGAUGUUCCGAAGUUGCCCUCAGGGGCACGAGCUCCUUCUGGGAUUCAGCUGGAAGAGAUCGAUAUACGUGUUGACAUAUUGACGGAAGCACUCACAAACUUCGACAGAGACUCAGCAUCCGCUCUAGAGACUGCCGCAACUCUCCACGAUCUCGGUCAUCCUCAAAUCGAUAUCAUGCCUCGUAUGGAAACCUUCUUGGUAUCUUCGUUCCUGCUCAAUCUUCGUCAGGCUGCUUUACAUACCUUGCAGAUGCUCCAUCAUUCAAGGCUUUUAGUAGAGAAGCGACAAGCGAGACACGGUCGCGCGAGACUCUAUGCUCCCAGAAUCAAUUGGCGCAAGUGGCUUAUAUCUGGUGGUGAAGACGAGCCAUUUGCGUUGCCAGAGAACGCAAGGAAAGAAAUUCGAACUGGCAAGGGAAAGGAUGUUACUGAAGAUGAUGAUGACGAUUCCUUGGCCAGUAAGGAAACGCUUUUUAAUAAGAAAGACGUCGAGUCUGCUCCCCCGAGGGAGGGAUCAACAUCUCCAAAUGCGAACAUCUCUCCUAAGCAAGCCCAGAAACGAACAACCAAGGGAGGACCCCGGAUGCAUCGACUGCGGAGCCAUCUUGCAGACGUGAUAGAGUAUCUAGCAGAUAGUGAAGAUUUGCUGUACGCUGUCAAGCUCACAGUGGCAGUCUUUCUAGUCUCUUGGCCUGCAUUUGUCUCUAAUUGGAAUGUUUGGUAUUCGCUAAAUCGUGGUCUCUGGGCUUCCCUACAACUCAUACUGAUCACCGAAGUAGCUAUCGGUACAUCUGUUAUGACAUUCAUGGUGCGAGCCGUGGGAACAACAGUCGGUUGCAUCUGGGGAUACGCAGCGUAUGAAGCACGAAAUGGCGAUCCGGUCGUGUGCGUGGUGAUCCUUGUGAUUGGUAUCAUACCUUCCACAUACGUGCAACUCGGCAGCAAAUAUGUGAAAGCUGGAAUGGUGUCUAUCAUUUCAAUGUGUGUCGUGGCUUUGGCAACUGUGGAUGGAAGUGUGCCAGGAACCGCAACUGAGAAUUUUCUCAGGCGCCUCAUUGCUUUUCUCAUCGGCGGUAUUGUGGCCUUGAUCGUUGAAGUGGUAUUCUUCCCAGUCCGGGCACGAGAUAGGCUGGUUGAGUCACUUGCAGCAUCAAUCAGACAAAUCAGCGAAAUGGAGGCAUGUCUUGCUUACGGGAUCGAAACAGAGACAAACAUCAAUGUCCACUCGGCAGAAGUCUCAGCUCGUUUUGAUAGGGCAAGAGGUAAAGCUCAAGGGGCACUUACGGCGGCAGAGACGUUUCUUCCUUUCUGUGCGAACGAACCUCGCCUGAAAGGGUCAUUUGAAGGUCUUGCUCUUGUGUAUGCGGAGAUCCUCUAUGUUCUCCAUGCUGUGGUUGACAGAAUGGACAAUAUGCUCCAUCUCCGCCACGAGUACGGCUCUGGUGUUUUGGAAGAACUGAACGAAAAAGUCUAUCCAUACCGUCGAAACGUUGCAGCCUCAAUCACUAUCGUCCUGUUCGCCGUUCACGAAGCGCUGACAACGAAACUACCGCUCCCCCAAUUCCUCCCCUCUGCUCGUCUAGCCCACCUUCGUAUGGUCAAUCGUGUCCGCGAAGUCGUGCUCUCAGGCGACAUACACCAGCACAACGCCAGCGAACGCUCCGAAAUAGAAAUGACCAUGGUGAAGCGCGUUGUGCGGCAAAAGUUCUUGAGUUGGAAUGCAGCUAGCGCGGGCCAAAUCGAAGUCAUCGAAUACCUCGAAGAGUUAAUCGAUCUCGUGAAGCUGCUCGUCGGCGCGAACGAAUUUCGUAGCGGAAUGUUGAAUAGACCCAAUUACAGAGGCUAUGUGGAUAGAAUGCACAUGGGACCGAAUGACGAAGUCGUUGAAACUGACCCGGCCGUUGUCAAGAAUGAUGAGGAGAAGGAGGAAGGUAGAGAUCGGAUGCCUGAACCUGCAGAGGAGAGACUUGCUGGUUUGGUAAGAAGACGCACUACAUUCUCACGAAGUCAGAUUCAGGAAGAGAAGAAACAAGCUGAGAUGGAGAAGGUGAAGAGUGAAGAAGAGCUGCCACGGUCGCUGCAACGUGUCAGAAGUCGCAGGAUUGAGGAGCUGCACCUGAAGCGGACGAGGAGUAGGGAUGAGGAAUCUCGAAGGAGAGAUGGGAAGAGUGCUGAUAGAUCGAAAUGAACGAAACGUCGCAUGUGUGCAAACGCUUCCCUUCCAUCAUGCCACACUCAUGCAAUGAACCAAGUUCUCGAUGGUCUGUAGGCACCAAAGCACACCUGGCAGCAGUUUUUGCUUGUAUCUAUACUACCCACUGAUCCAAGAUUAGGACUUUCUCCACGUUGGCCUUAACCAAGUCUCCUGUUUCCCUUCCAAAGACACAGGCAACAUAAAACCCCAGAGCCCGAUGAACCAUAUUGGUGUAAUUUCCAGGUUUGCUUGGGCAGCAAAGAUCAACCGCCAGCCCGAACCCUUCCCAAGCAAAGGACUAAAAUCAUAGUAACAGUUCAUGUCAUACCACAGCGCGCGGUCUCGUCCAAACAAAAAUUUUGAUGUAGACGAACAAAUGUCUAAAUUGGCGCCGCUUCCGCGAUCUCAGAUUCAACGUAGGUUCCCGACCCUGGUGAUCCAUCUAUACUGCUUUCGCACUUCAAAUUCUCUGCAUUCGGUAUCCCCAUUGUCUCCAUAGGCCACUUCAUCAAAUGGCUCAACCUCCCAUUCAACUCCUUAUCAACAACCUUAAACAUGAACUCAGGCCACCCGUCAAGCCACCACCUGUACUCUCGCUUGUAGAGAAGAACACAGUAGCUUGCCAAGACCACCAUCGCUUCAGGACUUGCUGCUGCCAAAAGACCUAAAUAAUCUGUCGAUAUCAUCACUGGCCACCAAAACAGCGAUCGAACUUCCUGUGGUGGCUGUCCGGCAAAGGUAUGUCGGAGGAGGGCUAGGCUGUCUUUGGGAGUCUCGAAGUCCUUAGCUGUUGAAGUUCGGAAGAAAUGUGUUGAGAGACCAUCAAAGUGAGAGUCGAAAUACUCAUUUGUCAUUCCGGCUCCUGGAUCCGUGUAUGUGUUUUCUGGAUGUACCAUUCUCCCGAAAAGUCCAAUGGACACCCAUCCCACGCUGGGGUUGACGAUCGCGGAAACACCUCUCAGCAAAGUGAACCACUCCAAGACUCUUGAAUAUUCCAGCUCAAGUCUCGGUUGAGCACAAGACCCCACAAAAAUCAUACCGGAGCAUGCGAAUACUGCAUGGCAGUUGGUGGGCGUGAUGUCUGUCGCCAAAAUCUUCCGGAAUAGUUGUAUCGCGGUGUUGUAAUGUGCCAUUGCUGUUUCCAAAUACAAUCUCUUCUUAAGGGGUGAUUCUGAAUAUCUUGCGAGAUGAAAUCCAGAUACGGCGAGCACGCUGUCUGUUUGAGAUAGAGCCGGAUAUUACCAAUUUCUGUCGGACCGAAUUGUCUUGAAUGCACUCUUGAGAGGGGGUCAUACUUGAAAGCUUCGCCAAUCAUUGCAGUUCUGAACAGCUCAUUCACCCCAUAUCGGUCGGACAGUGUGUCAGAAGUGGCUGUUGUGAAAUUAUGGAGGAGUUCCAGGUCAAGCAGUUGGUUGGGCAGAAUCGGGUUUGCCACCUGGGAAUCAAAGGAGGUGGGUGAUUCACGUUUACUGAAAGAACAAGAUACACGAUGCUUCAGACAAGGUGUGCAUGGUGGACUAUGUUCGUCACACUCAUGGAUAGUUAGCAUUGCCUAGCUCCAGAUCCCGAUGGAGCUUUUCAGCGAAGGUCACCUUGAUUUUACGUCGCUUGCAUUGAACACAGCCUUUCCGGGACUUUUUAUUUGUAAGACGUGAAAUAUUCAUCGUUUGGCGAGGAGCACGAGGAGUGUAGACUUUGCUUUGGCUUCCCUGAUGAGUACGAGAUAAUCGGAUUUUGUGUUUUCAAAAUUGAUCGUCAAGGGGAUAUCUAGAGACCAUGAAAUGCGACACAAGAAGUCUGCUGUAUUGAACGGAUUGACAA